GUCUAAGUGGUGAGGAGUGGAACCGCUGUUGGGUUGUGCAUCUUUCACCAUGGUUGACACGUGUAGUGGCACGAGUACCACCCCCUAUACGCCCGAACAGGAAGCCAAGGCCGCCGCCGCCCUGAAGGAGACAAGAGAAAGGAAGGAGGCCAAGAAGAAGGCCUUGUUAGAAGAGCAGGCGCCCAAGUUGAGAAAGAUUGAGCAAGAGAUGGCUAGGGAGAAAGAGAGGCUAAAGAGGGAAGAAGAAGCGAAGUUAAAGGCGGUAGAAGAAGAGGAAGAGGAGGUGGAAGAAACGCCGCUGGAAAGGCGAAGGGCCGGAGGAAGAGGAGAAUCCAGUGGCAUGAAAGAGGACCUGAUGGAGAAGAAGAUUACAGAGUGGGUUGCUGGACUAUCCCUGGGAGAAGAUGAGGAGGCCCUAAUGUAUGUGCCCAGGGACGAACAGGAGGCAGCCGUAAAAGAAUGGGAGGCUGAAGAAGAUCCACUUAGGCGGCAGGUGUUGGAAGAUGAAAAAAGGAUGGAGUGGAAGUUUCGCCUGACAAGGGAGAGGAAAAGAAGGAUGGAGGCGGUGAGUCAGGCGGCGAUAGAAUUAGAAGAGAUAAAGAAGUAGAGGGAUCAGAUGGCGGUGCAAGUGGAUUUAUUGGGGAAGAUGGAGAUUAUGGCAAAGAAUAUAGAGCGCCUGACACGA